GAGCAAUGGCGAGGAAUUUGUCCCUCAUCUUGAUCCUGACCUUUGCCUUGUCAGUUACAAAUCCUCUUCAUGAAGUAGAACCAGCGACGGCUUUUCCUACCACUGAGAACAUGAUUCCAAAUUGGGAAUCCAGCAUUAAUGUUGACUUGGCAGUUACCACACGGCGACACCACCUACAGCAGCUUUUCCAUCGUUACGGAGAGAAUAAUUCCUUGUCCGUUGAAGGUUUCCAAAAAUUGCUUCAGAAUAUAGGCCUAGAUAAAAUGAAAAGAAUCCACAUACAUCAUGACCACGAACAUCACUCUGAUCAUGAUCAUCACUCUCAUCAUAACCAUGCUGCUUCCAGUAAGAAUCACCGCAAAGCUCUUUGCCCAGACCACGGCUCUGAGAGCUCAGGGAAAGAGAGCAAAGCCAGCCAGGGCACAGGAGCUCACCGAUCAGAACGUGCCAGUAGUAGAAGGAAUGUCUUAAAGGAUGGCAUGGGUAGGAAUAAAGUGACCUCAACUGCAGAUAAUGUGAUCUCUGAAGGAACUCACUUUCUAGAGACCAUUGAAACUCCCAAACCUGGAAAACUUUUACCCAAAGAUCUGAGCGGUGCCACACCACCCAGUAUCACGGAAAAAAGCCAGGUGGUCCAGCUUGGUGGUAGAAAAACCAACGAAUCUAUGAGUGAACCUCGAAAAAGCUUUAUGUAUUCCAGAAACACAAAUGAAAAUGCACAAGAGUGUUUCAAUGCAUCAAAGCUGCUUACUUCUCAUGGCAUUGGCAUCCAGGUUCUGCUGAAUGCGACACAGUUCAGCUAUCUUUGCCCAGCUAUCAUCAACCAAAUUGAUGCUAGAUCCUGUCUGGUUCACACGACUAGUGAAAAAAAAACUGAAGUCCCUCCAAAGACUCAUUCUUUACAAAUAGCCUGGGUCGGGGGCUUUAUCGCCAUCUCCAUCAUCAGCUUCCUCUCUUUGCUGGGUGUCAUUUUAGUGCCACUCAUGAAUCGAGUGUUUUUCAAAUUUCUCCUGAGUUUUCUUGUGGCUUUGGCUGUUGGAACAUUGAGCGGUGAUGCUUUUUUACAUCUGCUUCCUCAUUCUCAUGCAAGUCACCACCACAGUCACAGUCAUGAAGAGACAGUAGAAAUGAAGAGGGGUCCACUCUUUAGUCACUUGUCUUCUCAGGACCUCGAAGAAAAUGCCUAUUUUGAUUCUACCUGGAAGGGUCUGACAGCUCUAGGAGGCUUGUAUUUCAUGUUUCUUGUUGAACAUCUUCUCACUUUGAUCAAACAAUUUAAAGAUAAGAAGAAAAAGAAUCCAAAAAAACCUGAAAGUGACGACGAUGUGGAAAUUAAAAAGCAGUUGUCCAAGUAUGAAUCUCAGCUUUGUACAAAUGAAGAGAAAGUGGAUGCAGAUGAUCGAUCUGAAGGCUACUUACGAACAGACUCUCAAGAUCCCUCCAACUUUGAUUCUCAACAGCCAGCAAUGUUGGAGGAAGAAGAGGUCAUGAUAGCUCAUUCUCAUCCACAAGAAGUCUACAAUGAAUAUGUACCCAGGGGGUGCAAAAACAAGUGCCAUUCUCAUUUCCAUGAUACACUUGGCCAGUCAGAUGACCUCAUUCACCACCAUCAUGACUACCACCACAUUCUUCAUCACCACCACCACCAAAACCACCACCCCCACAGUCACAGUCAGCGCUACUCUAGGGAAGAGCUGAAAGAUGCUGGCAUCGCAACUUUGGCGUGGAUGGUGAUCAUGGGUGAUGGACUACACAAUUUCAGUGAUGGCCUAGCAAUUGGUGCUGCUUUUACUGAAGGUUUAUCAAGUGGUCUAAGUACUUCUGUUGCUGUGUUUUGUCACGAGUUACCUCAUGAAUUAGGUGACUUCGCUGUUUUACUCAAGGCUGGCAUGACUGUUAAGCAAGCUGUUCUUUACAAUGCUUUAUCAGCCAUGUUGGCAUAUCUGGGAAUGGCAACAGGAAUUUUCAUUGGCCAUUAUGCUGAAAAUGUUUCUAUGUGGAUUUUUGCACUUACUGCUGGCUUGUUCAUGUAUGUUGCUUUGGUUGAUAUGGUACCAGAGAUGCUGCACAAUGAUGCUAGUGACCAUGGAUGUAGCCGUUGGGGAUAUUUUUUUUUACAGAAUGCUGGGAUUCUUUUGGGGUUUGGAAUUAUGUUGCUUAUUUCCAUAUUUGAACAUAAAAUUGUGUUUCGUAUAAAUUUCUAAUUAGGUUAUAAAUGCUAGAGUACCUGAAAAUGUCUGUAGUUUGAAUAGGUCAUAGGGAGAUGAGAGUUUGUAGCUGGAAUGUACAGCAUUUAAAGUUAGUGAAUUUUGUGGGUUUUGUAUGAAUAUUGCUGUUUGUUAUGCUUCUAAGUUUAGUUAUGGAGGUAACAGGUACGUUUAAAUAUUUAAGUUAUUCUGUUUUGGGAAUAUAAACUAUAUGUGCAUUUUACCAAUAUUACCAGUUUAUUGUAUAAACAAGAGAUUUGGGAUGUGUUCUGUCUAUUUUAGGGAAAGGUCUUCAGUGCUUUUUCUAGAACUAAUACAGUUGAUUCCCGGUACUGGAUUUUAGGCCUCUGAAGAACUAUUGAUGUUUCUGAAAGAAAAUACGCACAAUUCUAAGAUGCCAAUAAAGACGGUACUGAAUUUGACCUAUGAAAUAGGGAGAAAGAGAAGAAUCGGUACGAAUUAAGAAAGCAGAGAGUUCUUUUCAAAAAUCACAAAACUGGUUAUAAAAUAGAGUUAGAUCUAAAUAAAAGGACAAUAUUAGUGUAGAAUGCAUUCUAAACCUUUUGUCCAAGUAUUAAUGGUUCCUGUAAAGACUCAGUGAACACUUGACUAAUUUAGUUGUACAUUUAGCUUUGUAUAAUAGAGAAGUCUAAGUAUAUUUAAUGAAUACAUCAGUAUAUCAUGACCAAGAAAUUUAAAUUUUAAAGUAUUUGUGUGGCAGUGUGCCAGAUAAGUAUGAAUAAGUUAAUGUAUGCUAGAAGAUUUGGGUAUUGGAUAAUCUGAUCUUAUCAGAUGUCCAUGUAUUGGGACUUUGGGAUAUUUAAAGAUAUUAACAUCACAGCAUAAUUGGAUUUCUUGGAUUCAGAAGGUAGUUUGGUAUCUCAGAGUUUCAGUGUUCUCCUUAUGGUCAUUUGUCAUUUUAGUACUUUAGACAAACAAGGGCUGUCCAUGGCCUCUGUCAAUAUUGUUUUUCUACCAAUUAAAUUUCCAUUUGUCAACUUAA